AUGACGUCAAAUGCGUAUCAAUUAUGGCUAAAGAAACGUGAGUCCAAGGCCCCACGACUGCCUCUUAGUCCUCGUGUUUCUUCCUCCAUUACUCUCAUUCCACAAUUGCCGCGAGCCUCCAAGUCAAUCGAGGACGUAUGUAACACGUUCCAGGCCACUCUCGAUGCUGUUUCAGCUAUAGAAACGACACUACCAUCUGUUUUGUCUGCAUCGUUAGCGACGAUAAAGCGGCCCCGAGAAGAAGAAGAAGGUACAGGACACAAGAAACACCUGUAUGCAACGAAUGUUGCAGGAUGCGCUAAUGUUGUCGGAAACAAACAUGUUAAAGUUGCAGAACAGUCAGAUAAAGUUGCUGGAUGGAAACGACAGCAGAGGGAGCAAGAGCUAAUAAAGAUGAUGAUAUGGAAGAAAACAAGUCCAUUAAAAGUGACGAGUCAGUCGCUGGUAAGAAGUAUAGAAGAACGACCAAAAUUGACAAAACGAGUUGAUACUGAUCCAAGUUUCAAGAAACAAGAGGAAAAGGAACCGACCAAGAGCAGAGAUUGUUCAAUGCAAUUGCAUCAGAUGAAGAAACGAAAGAUUGAAGCCGGUGCUACUUUCGAUGGCACGACAAAACGACUUCGGUUUGAUGCCGAUACCAAAGACGGUGGUAUUGAUAGUCUAGAUGGAGUGAAAGAUGUUGAGCAACUGGAGAAGUCACUUAACCACAGGGAAAAGACCAUACGUACUUUGGUCAAAAACGAUGACUAUACGACGACAAAACGACUUCGAUAUUGUAGUGGCAACGCAGAGGAGAAGGAGAAAGACGAGGAAUCUUGUGGAUUGCCAUCAAAGAGUCCGAUGAAGACGAAACAGAAGAACGUGACAAUUUCUAUGCUGGACGAAUCCCAGUACUGGAUGGCAGUUGAUAGAUUCUCGCAUCUAGCAUAA